UCCGCAUAGCAUAAUAAAUAAAACCCCACCACAUGGUUUCUCGACACGAAAAAAAUUUAUAGAAGCUUCGAUUUUUUACAAAAACAUUUUGCAAAAGUCCUUCACAAUACAAUUUCUUCUCUUCAUUUCAAAUCAUAUGAUAUAAAACCUGAUUUUGAUUAUUUUGUUUUACAAUUUAAGAAGCACUAGAUAUUGCUGCUUUUCUUAUUAUCGUUGUUAUUACCAAAAAAAUCCGAGGGAGAUGGAUUGGGGAAACGUAACAGCAGAAGAUCUAAUCGGGGCAUUAAAGGAAAUAGAUUGGACAUCCCCUCCUCGUCCUCUCAAUGAAUUCCUCUCCAAAUUCACGAUUCCUCGCUCUUAUUCCAAGUGGAGUAGCCGCCUCAAAUGCAAUCUCUACUACUAUCGGACAAAUUACUUCAUUUUGAUACUACUGAUUCUUGGUUUUGCUUGUAUCUUAAGGCCUCUGGCGAUUCUAGCCACUGCGUUGUCAGCUCUAGCGAUUGCUUUCUUUAAUGAUAGUUUUGCAGCUAGUUUCAGUGAGAAGGUAACAAGAACUGUAAGGAAGUUUUCUCCACAUUUGGCGGCAAAGAUGAGACCUCCGCAUAUGCCUGUUAUCCGUGGCCGUCCAUCAGCGAAAAAAUCAGUGUACAUUUGUGGCCAGCCUCGUUUAUUGUUUGUCCUUUUAUUCUCAGCUGCCAGUUUUCUUCUGUGGUAUUCUUCUGGCAGUCUUUUGUAUGUUUCGUGGGCGUACAUCAUUAGCAUCUUUGUCACUGUUCUCCAUGCAAGUUUCAGAACACCUAACCUGAAAGCACGCCUCAACACAUUCCGUGAAGAAUUUCGUGCAGUCUGGCGCAAUUACAGUGAGCUCUAACUGUCUGCGGAGUUAAAAAGGACGUCAGGAUUAGUGCAAAUCCUGCUCCAUACCUUGCGUUUCAGUUAAAGUGAGAGUAUUCUUUGUAAAAUGUAAAUGGAUAGUUCUCAUCUUAAUAUUGAGUCAGUUAACAAUAUGAACUAGUCUGUAGCUUGUAGUAUUGCAAAAUUCUGCUGUGCUAUCUGCUUCUACGAUCGCUUGGCUGUAUGUUAGAUCUUUCGUCAGAGAGUCACGUGGAAUUUUCUAAUAGGAAAUGGAUUUUAAAUUUCCUCA